UCCUCUCUCUCACAUACACACUGUCUCGUUUCAAACUUCGAAUUGUAGCCAUUGUACGGACUAGCAGAGAGAGAGGGAGAGAGAAUAUGGAUGGACAUGAUGCAGAAGAUUCUAAGCAAAGCACUGCGGAUAUGACAGUUUUUGUGCAAAAUCUUCUUCAGCAGAUGCAAUCAAGGUUCCAACAAAUGUCUGACUCUAUUGUUACAAAGAUUGAUGAGAUGGGAAACCGCAUAAAUGAGCUGGAGCAAAGCAUCAACGACUUAAGAGCAGAGAUGGGGGUGGAGGGCUCUCCAUCUCCUAUGGCGCCCCCAUCCCAGCCAGACUUAGAUGAAGCGAAGAAAGAGGAAGGUUCUGCAUAAAGUUAACAAAGUGCAUGUUUUACAUUUGAGUUGAUGAGCUUGAUUUGAAGCCCGCUUUAUGUCUAUGAUUAGGUCUGAGAAACAAAUACUGCUCUUACAUGGCAUAUGAGUGCCCCCUUUGUCGUCUUUAGUUAAUGUUUUGCUGUUUUCCUUCCAUAAAUACAGUACCGAAAUGUUUUGGUUUUGUUUUUGUGAUUAAAAUAGGGAAGUCAUGAAUAUGAGAAUCAAUGCAGGUGGAUCUGUUCCUCA